AUGAGGUAUAACAACGUGAAAGUGGUAUUACUAAUAGCACUUCCUAUGUGCGUAGCACAAUUCAGAAUACAAGGACCUAGUGACGGAAAUCGAGCUGCAGAGAGUCUAACAGUGGAAGAGGGUGGAAAAGUUCAAUACAGUGGACACAGUGUCCCAUCGAGUGGAGGGUUCAGCAUUCAGGGAGCCUCUGACGGUCAUUCCAAUGUUCAGGGUGCCAGCGACGGCCACUCCAAUUACCAAGUUCAGUCUGCCUCUGCAGAGGGCGCAAACAGAUAUUUCCAGUCAGCGCCAGCUCCUCCUGCGUAUAAUAUUCAACGUGCCACGGAUGGGCACAGUCAGAUUCAGGGCUCCUACGUUGGCUCUGGCGAUGCGAAAUCUCUUCAAUAUAAUGAUCCCAGUGGUUUAAGAGUCAGUUGGAGAUCGUACGAUCGACAGCCACGACCAGGGUUGCAACCGGAACAACAAUAUGCGUACUCGGAAGUCACACCCAGUGCACCAAGAGCAGCGCCCCAGAGACAACGAUCACGCGCCCGUCCGCAACAGCAACAGCAGCCGCAACCGCAACCGCAGCGGCAAGCACAAAGUCACGAACCCAUUCUACCACCGGUACAACCAUUCGAAUCCGCAUCGCCGGAGAUCAAGCAACUUCUUCAGUUUCAAAAACAACUUCCUUACCUGAACAUCAUUCCCGAACCUUUUAGAUACGAGAAUAUAAUAGGGGCACAGGGAAAUCUGCCACAGCCUCAACAACAACAGUAUGAAGAUCAACAACAACAGUACGUUCCAGAACCACGACGUCCUCCUUCUCGUGGAAAAGCGCGUAUUCCAUCUAGGCAAAGACGACAGGCGCCUCAACACCAACCAGCCGAGCAACAACGCCAUUACUCCACCAACUUGCCUCCUGACAUUAUCCAAAUAUUGAAAUUCCAGCAGCAAACUCCAUAUAUUAAUGGAAUUCCCGAACAGUUCAGGUUCAACACGGAUGCAGCCGUGAGGGAGCAGUUAGACGCUGUUCGUGCUCACUACCAAAAGUUAGCGACCUCGCCGGAAUCCCAGGCGCCCAGACCCAGACACAGAAGGCAAGCGCAACAUCCUCAGCAACAAUAUCAACCGCAACAACCACCGCCUGAACCCAGAUUGCAAUAUUCGACCAAUGUUCCAGGUUACAUACAAGAUCUGUUGAAGUAUCAGUCUCAGCUCCCUUACACCAUCUUGCCAAAUUUGAUUGGUACUCAGCGGCCUGAGAAACCGUACGUGCCUCAGCCUGUUCAGGCACCAGCGCCUGCGCCUCAAACUCAGUACCAAGUACAACCAAACGCGUACCAACAGCCAGCAAACGCGUAUCAACAGCAAGGAAACGCGUACCAGCAACAAGCAAAUGCGUACCAACAAGAAGCAAACGCGCAACAACAACAAGCAAACGCGUAUCAACCGCAAGCAAACGCGUAUCAACAACAAGCAAACGCGUACCAACCACAAGGGAAAUCGUAUCAAGGUCAAACAGAAGCGUACCAAGAUCAAGAAAGAUACAACCAGGUGUACCAGAGCGAAAUACGGUACCCACAAACUCAAGGUCUGCCUGGCUACCAACAAUCUCGAAACGGAAUUCGUCCAGUCACUGAGAAUCAAUACUAAAGUUGCAAUGUCGUUAGCGACAAAUUGGUUUGCAAAGACGGUGUAGCUUAUGGAGAAAAAUAUUGUUGCAAAAUGAAUACACAGUUUUGA